CGCGAGGCAUUGUGGGGGCAACGAGGGCCUCGGCCGCCAUUUUGUUAGUACCGGAACGUUGUGUGAGGCGGACGCAGCGCGCGCAGAGCUCACCAUGCUGUCGGCGGCCCAGCUGCUCGAUGAACUGAUGGGGCGGGACAGGAACUUGGCCCCCGACGAGAAGCGGUGCAACGUGAAGUGGGAUGACGAUUCGGUCUGUAAAUACUAUCUAUGUGAAUUUUGUCCUGCGGAAUUAUUUACCAACACACGCUCAGAUCUCGGUCCGUGUGAAAAAAUCCAUGAUGAGAACCUACGCAAACAAUACGAAAAGAGCUCUCGUCACAUGAAAGUUGGGUAUGAAAGAGACUUCUUACGAUAUCUGCAAAGUUUACUUGCUGAGGUUGAGAGAAGAAUUCGAAGGGGUCAUGCCCGACUUGCUUUAUCGCAGAGUCAGCAAGCUACUGGUGCUGUUGGACCAGCUGGGAAGAAUGAGGAAAAAGUUCAAGUUUUGACUGACAAGAUUGAUGUUUUGCUGCAACAUAUUGAAGAACUGGGUACUGAAGGAAAGGUUGAGGAGGCUCAAGGGAUGAUGAAGUUGGUUGAACAGUUAAAAGAAGAAAGGGAGCUUCUCAAGUCUUCAACAUCGACAAUUGAAAGCUUUGCAGCUCAGGAGAAGCAGAUGGAGGUCUGUGAAGUUUGUGGUGCCUUUUUAAUUGUUGGAGAUGCCCAGUCGCGGGUAGAUGACCAUCUCAUGGGAAAGCAACACAUGGGCUAUGCCAAGAUUAAAAAUACAGUUGAGGAGUUAAAGGAAAAAUUACGCAAGAAAACAGAAGAGCCGGAGCGUGAUGAUCGGUUAAAGAAAGAGAAAGAAGAAAAAGAUCGUGAAAAAGAGAAGGAACGUGAAAGGGAAGAAAAAGAGAAGAAACGACGCAAAGAAGAAGAAGAAAAAGAAAAGGAGAGACAUCGGGAAAGAGAAAAACGCAAAAGAAGUCGUUCUCAUAGCAGAAACUCGAGCAGAACCUCAGACAGACGUGGAAGUCGAUCACGUGACCACAAAAGAUCAAGAAGCAGAGACCGGGAUAGAGAUCGUAGGCGAAGUCGGAGUAGAGAACGUAAAAGAAGUGGGAGUCACACAAGAACUGAGCGAACAGAUCGGAAGCACAGAUCACGCAGCCGUGAGAAAAGGCGAUCAAAAAGUCGAGAGCGCAGAUCAUACAAACAUAAGAGCAAAGAGAGAGAACGCGAGAGGAAGUCCAAGGAAAGGGAAAAGCGAAGCUCUGACAAGAAGAGUAGGAAAUCCAGCAGUCGGGAAAAGCAGAGUGAAUCAAGAAAAUCUGAAUCUAAGGAUUUGGCUACCCAGAUCGAGGUCAAUGGGGCCAGUGAAGGCAUAAAAUCUGAAGGUGACACUCAGUCCAAUUAAAACUGAUCUGAUUUGACCUCUGAUCAGUCUGAGGACUACGUAAUCAAGUCUCGGACGUCCCACAGUAUCUUAAUUGAAGAUCUUCUAUAAAUGAGGUGACAGAAAGCUGUAAUGAAAAUGCUCAUUUAGAAUUGGUUUUAAACAAUUAAGAUGAGAACUGAUGUAAAUUUUUCUAUAGUGACAACGUGGUGCAUUUGCCAUGCUGAUAUGUGUCCUGGCUCAGGCAUACAGGCCCUACAGUAGCAACAUUACAUACACUUGGCCUGCACAUUGUUUAAAUACCAGCUUUUUCCGGACUUGGAAACACAAAGUUAUGUUUGUGAACCACGUAAAACAAUGUUUUCUUUUUUUAUUUUAUUGUUUUCCUUUUUAUUACAAGUAGACUUUAGAGCCUAUAAUAUAAAUAAAAGCAUCGUUACUGUUGUAAAUGUGCUAUGUUGUCUUUUGGCAUGGUAUUAAAUGCUUUUUUCUUUUUUUCAAAUAAAUUUGACUCGCAGUU